AUGGCGCUUCCACCUGCAGCUGCUGUGUGGUCCAGGACUGGAGCCAGGCCCAAGGUUUCAGGCCCCAACUCUCCAGCAAAUCGUCCUUCACACCUGAUGUACGGGACAGAUGUGGUCCGUGGUGAACAUCCGGCUUCCCCGGUGGCCGCAUCUGAUGCCACCGCCCCCUCUGUGUUGAUCAGACAGCGUGGGAGAUCCUCCUCCUCUUUCCGCCGUAGAUUGCUUGUGGAGGCUGUGAACAGGAGAUCUGGUGGUCUCCCCCGUCCUCAGCCACCAGGGUUGGAUUACAGCCCCGUUUCAGGAGCCCCUGCGGCCGCAGCUGAGGUCCCAUCCUCCGCUGAUAUUGCUGUUCCUGCUGUUUUUAUCUCUGGUCCACUCCCCACAUGCGGUCGUUGCGCCGAUCGUUUUAGCAGGAUUCUCCAUCUCCAUACCUGGCUCCAAUUUGCCUGCGCAAUGCACAAUAUUGGUUUUAUCCACAACUUCGAUCUGUUCUGGGAGCGCCCCUCUUUUUACGGACCAGACGGGCUCCAUCCGAACAGAUUGAAGUUGGAAGCCAGCAUGCGGCUCCCCAAAGUUGUUGUGAGCCAUGCAGGUCCUGUGGAAACCAAAGGAAAGAUCCCAUGGACUCAGCAGGAGAAAAUGGCUGUUCAGCAAUUUAUGACCAGCUUUGUGGCGAUGCGGAAAGUGCCAGGAAAGAAUGAAUGCAUCAUGUGCAUUGAGAAAUCAUCUCCUGCUCUUCAGCGGAGGACAUGGAAGGAUAAAACGCUUUAA